AUAAGUCGUUCCUACCGUGGUGGCUACGGCCAGUCUCAAGCAACAGCUAAUACGUGGUGGAUGUGUUUAUACGGUCUUUUCCUUUCGUACAUGCGAUUAUUCUUAACGAAAGGCUUUUUGCAAAGCCGGUAAUCGAUUAUCGAGUUGUCAAUAUGUGCUAUGUACCGCGUUCUACGUGUAACUGUCGCCUUGUCCGUCUUUAAAACAUUUUAUAUACGACAUUGCUGCAUCCACGGGAUUUUGCGCUAUGAUAAAUGAUCACGUAGACUCGAAUGCAUGUCGUCUCAAUAAAAACAUUCGCGGAAUUUGAUCAACAAGAUAGUUUUUUCAACGCAAAGUCGUCGAUCAUCGUCUCGAAUCGAUAUAAACAUCGUAGAAACGCGAUAAUUUUUUGUGUCUGUGUACGAACACGCGAAAUAUCAGUCCCGUGUCAGUCGAUAAGGUUAGGCUGGCGUAUUUAUGCAACGAAAAUUCGUGUCGUCGGCGUACGGGCAUGCGAUGCGGCUCUGACAGCUCGUUUUAUCGUCUUUGCUAUACAUUGGUUACACGUCACAGGACGGAACACUGUGUGCAGUGCUUAAGGGUAACGCCGGAUUCGUCGUCGUCGGUGACGGCUUUGACAGCGCAUCGUUCGAAGUGAGGUUAAUUCAGGAGGUGUGUCGUUGUGCGUGUGCGUGGUGUGCACCGUGGAACAACACGACGAUAAUACCAUGACGGCGAUGUUAGUAUCUGUGGCGGAACUGUCGAACAUUUUCUUCGUACUCGCAGUCUCGAUAUGCUUCUGCGGAGUCUUAUUGUUUAUCAUCAGGAACACGAUCGUGGUUCGUAUUCACGGCGACGAUUUGUUGCUCGGAGGAUUUGGAACUGUAAUGACACAUUCGCCACAAAUACCUCAAAUGGAGAUGAUGAAGGUCCACAUUCCCUUCACCUUCAAGCUCCACGAAAGUUUCAAGAGCACUUAUACCGAGGUCGAAUGCGAGGUAUCGAGUCAAGUCGAGUACUCUCUGCAGGCACUUUGGGGCGUUAGUAUAAGGGAACUUCACCUGGCACUUUGGAAACCUUGGAGCACUCUUAGAGACGCGUCCUUGAAUGGCAAUCUUCUUCAAGGCCACGCACAGUAUCUCACAUUGCCACAGACACAACCUCACGGAGAAGAAACAUUAAGAUUGUCACUCCCAGCACCAGAGUUAGAACUCGGGACGCCUCCUAGACUUUGUUAUCCUCUGGUGAUCUUCCUAACGCGCAGGGAUAACGGAGAUCCCCAUCCAGAUGAGACUGUGGCUCUGGUAAAUGUUGUCCACAUCAAAGACAGCGUAUGCACACUACCCACCUCGAUCCUGGCACAAUAUCUGAAACAAGCCAAUGGUCAGUUAUCCUGUCUUAAGCAAUUAUAUCUAGCUACUGGCAACUCAACAAACUAUGAUGAAGGAGAUGUGUCUUCGGGUUUGGGUUCAGCUCUAGCCCUUGCAGAGCCUUGUAACAACAGUGGUAGUUCGGCUAGAGGUGCAUUAGUUGCUUCUGGUACCGGCGAUCCUGAAGGAUCGCUAUGGAAUACAGCCGGAGAACAGCUCUGCGUUGUUUGCCAAUACUUUCCUUUAUCGCGUGCUUUGCUACCCUGCAGGCAUACUUGCAUCUGUGCAUCCUGUUUUGGCAAACUAGAUCGAUGUCCGAUGUGCAGAAGUCCAAUAAAAAGUUAUUUCUGUAUCAGGGGCGAGGAAUACAUGCCCUUGGAGACAGAAAUCAAUCCUUGCAAACAGAGGCAAGCGAGUCAUGGACCCACACACUGGCUUCAUGAUUGGAACGACAGACUCACGGACUUUCUUGGAUUCGCACGAUAGAAUACUUGUUAUUCUUCCAUUUCGAUUAGAAUGUACAGCGUGCAGAAUACGGUAGAACAGAGAAUGAUUGUCGUUUGUUUAUCUGAUUGAUUGAAAGAGUUGUGUAUUUUGAUUGAGGAAUAGUUUUUUAAAGAAUCUUCAAUUCCUAGGGAUCCAAUCAGAAUUUAAUAAGAGAAAGAUACUUGCAUACACAAUAGGUUUUGAGAAAGAAAUACACACAAUAAAGGCAGAGAAUUAAUUUAUA